AAGAGAUCACUCCUGACCUCAAGAUGAAUUCCACCUUGGAUGGUAAUCAGAGCAGCCACCCUUUCUGCCUCUUGGCAUUUGGCUAUUUGGAAACCGUCGAUUUUUGCCUUUUGGAAGUGCUGAUUGUUGUCUUUCUAACUGUAUUAAUUAUUUCUGGCAACAUCAUUGUGAUUUUUGUAUUUCACUGUGCACCUUUGUUGAACCAUCAUACUACAAGUUAUUUUAUACAGACUAUGGCAUAUGCUGACCUUUUUGUUGGGGUAAGCUGCCUGGUUCCUUCUUUAUCACUCCUCCACUACCCACUUCCAAUAGAGGAGUCCUUGACUUGCCAGACAUUUGGUUUUAUAGUAUCAGUUCUGAAGAGCGUCUCCAUGGCCUCUCUGGCCUGUAUCAGCAUCGAUAGAUACAUUGCUAUUACUAAACCUUUAACUUAUAAUACCCUGGUUACACCCUGGAGACUACGCCUGUGUAUUUUCCUGAUUUGGCUGUACUCAACCCUGGUCUUCUUGCCUUCCUUUUUCCACUGGGGAAAACCUGGAUUUCAUGGAGAUGUAUUUCAGUGGUGUGCAGAAUCCUGGCAGACCAACCCCUACUUCACCCUGUUCAUCGUGAUGAUGUUAUAUGCCCCCGCAGCCCUUAUUGUCUGCUUCACCUAUUUCAACAUCUUCCGCAUCUGCCAACAGCACACAAAGGAAAUCAGCGAGAGGCAAGCCCGCUUCAGCAGCCAAUGUGGGGAAACUGGGGAAGUACAGGCCUGUCCUGAUAAGCGCUAUGCCAUGGUCCUGUUCCGUAUCACUAGUGUGUUUUACAUCCUCUGGUUGCCAUAUAUCAUCUACUUCUUACUGGAGAGCUCCACUGGGCACAGUAACCGCUCUGCAUCCUUCUUGACCACCUGGCUUGCUAUUAGUAACAGUUUCUGCAACUGUGUCAUUUAUAGUCUCUCCAACAGUGUCUUCCAAAAGGGACUAAUGCGCCUUUCAGGGGCCAUGUGUACUUCUUGUGCAAGUCAGACCACAGCCAAGGAUCCUUACACAGUUAGGAGCAAAGGUCCUCUUAAUGGAUGUCAUGUCUGACGAGGCUCAGAUACUGGGUCACCCUGUCUAUGUGGGGUUUCCUCCCCCUCCCCCUUUUUUUGUCUCUUAGUAUUCCUAGCUUACUAGGAAAUCUGAGACAGAAUAAUUUUACAUUAAGCAAUAGCAAACGAAUGAUCCAAAUGCUUUCUAAAUUUGCCAAAAUGAUUUUCAAAAGUACUUUUGAAUUAGAAGAAUCAAGAUCAUGAAGAUAAAUUAGUCUCGGUUCCAAAUUUUAAAAUGUCAUGGAAAUGACUACAGUUCUCAGAAUUAAAAUGAAUAAAGCCAUAUCUAACACCUCUCUUCAGCUGGCGUGACAGAACCUGAGUGUGAAAAGUGUUAGCAUUUAAAAUCAUCAUUUUCUUGUUAUUCUCUGAGUUUUUUCCUGGCUAUUUGGGCUUCAUGUACAAUUGAUUUCUUUCAACAAGAAUGUUAAAAACAGUGAUGAAUUAAAAGAUUGAAAAAAAUUUUUUAUGUAUGCCAAAGUAUAACUACACUUCAACACUGUCAUUUAGAAAGCCAGGUGUUUUAUGUCUUAUUCUCUUGAGAUAAUUCUCAAUAGGGUGAAUAAUGCGAACACUUAAACAUUAAUUUUAGAAUUUUAUAAUGAACCACAAGGCAAAAAUGCAGUCAAAUCAUACAGUUUAUGAAAAAUAGAGCUACUUUUCAUGCCAUGCUUCACAGAGAUCUAAAGAUAUUUGUGCAUAGAGGUCGUGGUCCAGUAUUCAUACCUUUUGUGUGUAUGUAUAUUGAGAAUAUUCGAAUUUAGAUUUCUGUUUUACAACAAAACGUUUUUAAGUUAAGAAAUGAUUAGGCCAGAUAGAGGCUAUCAAUUUUGUAAUAAUGAAAAUCUAUUUAAAAUGUCUUUAAUCUUCUUUGUUCUUUUCAUCCAAAGUCUUUUGAAAUACUAGAACAUCAGGGAGAUAUGUCCUAAGCAACUAAGUUAGAAAAUACACUGUAGUAUUCUAAUUUAUUUUUAAAAUAAAAGAUAGUUAAUUGAGACAUUUUCUUUGUGGCUAGAUGGGAUCAACUAAUACAGUAGCAACUAGUUAUUUUUGAAAAGCAUACUUUCAGUCAGUGUUAAACAAAUCUGCAUUUGAAGAAGAGAAAGGGAAAUUGUAAUCUAUAUUAUCUGUAGUUUCAUUCCUGUUUGCUUUCUGGAAAAAAAUCCUUUGAUAUACUGUUCUUUCCUUAAUAACCUUUUUUUCUCUUUUUGGCUGUAGUACUAGCAGCAUCUACAGAAUUUUAUUAUUGUUCUAUAGAGUUAUUAUUGAAGUGCUCUGUUUGUAUAUAGUAGUGAUGUUUUGUUCUUUAAAAGUGAUUAUCUUUAGAGCAAGAUGUUUAUUUAUUUUAUUUUUUUUUUGUAGAGACAGAGUCUCACUUUAUGGGAGUGCUGUGGCCUCACACAGCUCACAGCAAACUCCAACUCCUGGGUUUAAGCGAUUCUCUUGCCUCAGCCUCCCGAGUAACU